AUUAUUUAUCAUCCCGCGUUUUAUGCUUGCGAACGCCGGCAAGAGUUGAAGUUUGUCUUAUUUAUUUAUUUAUUAUAAAACAAAAAUGCCGGAGGAAAUGGAAACUGUUGUGGUCGACAAGCGCAGCAAUUUGCCUUGGAUUGAGAAAUACCGCCCUGUCAAGUUCGAUGAAAUUGUGGGCAAUGAAGAUACAGUCGCCCGUUUGUCCGUCUUCUCCACGCAAGGAAAUUCACCCAACAUAAUUAUUGCGGGUCCGCCUGGCGUUGGCAAAACAACAACCAUACAGUGCUUAGCCCGCAUUCUGCUGGGUGACAGUUAUAAGGACGCAGUCCUCGAGUUGAACGCCUCGAAUGAACGUGGAAUCGAUGUGGUGCGCAAUAAGAUCAAGAUGUUUGCCCAACAGAAGGUAACGUUGCCGCGUGGUCGUCACAAGAUUGUGAUAUUGGACGAAGCGGACAGCAUGACGGAAGGUGCACAGCAAUCGCUGCGCCGCACCAUGGAAAUUUAUAGCAAUACAACACGUUUUGCGCUCGCCUGCAAUACCAGCGAGAAGAUCAUUGAACCCAUACAAUCGCGUUGCGCGAUGCUGCGCUUCACCAAGCUGUCGGAUGCCCAGGUGCUGGCCAAAUUGAUUGAGGUGUGCCAGCUGGAGAAGCUCAAGUACGAUGAGGAUGGCCUGGAGGCGAUAGUAUUCACGGCACAGGGUGACAUGCGGCAGGCGCUCAACAAUCUUCAGUCCACGGCGCAGGGCUUUGGUGACAUAACGGGAGCAAAUGUAUUCAAAGUGUGCGACGAGCCGCAUCCUAUGCUGUUGCAGGACAUGCUGCAGCAUUGUGCUGCAAAUGAUAUACAUAAGGCGUACAAGAUCUUGGCCAAGCUGUGGCGCUUGGGCUAUGCACCCGAAGAUAUCAUUGGCAACAUAUUUCGCGUCUGCAAACGCCUGAAUGUGGACGAGCAGUUGAAGUUGAACUUCAUUCGAGAGAUUGGCAUUACACACAUGAAAAUUGUCGACGGCUGUAAUUCACUGCUGCAGCUGACUAGUCUGCUGGCACGUCUAUGCAUGGCUGCUGAGUCUCAUUAGCACUCACAAUUCCAUCAAACAUUUAGUGUAGGUCAUUCUAAGCCUAAGAUACAACUUGUUGAAUAAAUGCGAAAAUACUUG